AUGGCGUGUGUUCCGUUAUUAUUGCUAUUGCUGGAAUUCUUCGUGCUUGCUCCGUCGCCAUGUUUUGCUCAGUGUCCGAAAAAUUGCCAGUGCACACAACAAGGAAUUGCUGGGUCUCCGAGUUUUAAGAAGACUGUUGAUUGUUCCGCAAAACUUGGCGGAUUAGAAGUUGCUCCUAAUGUACCCACAGACGCGACUCACUUGUAAGUUUAUAAAUUUCGUUCAUUAAUAUUUUAAGCUUUACUUUACUUUAACUGUUAGACGCUUAAAGAGAAUAUUUACAAUUUCUUAUUAUUGUUUGGUUCGUAUUCCCGCCAAGGAGAUUAGAUCGUGUUCUUGUUCGUUAUUCGAUCUUUGAGCUGUGGAUCUGAAGUAGCAAUAUAUUUCCGCCUUGCUCACAAUAUAUCAACGACGAGUAACCUAUCAGACAAUUUUACACAGUAAUCUUCAACUGAUCUUAGGAAACACGUUGGAUUUCCAUGCUUCAUUAACAUCCUGAACAUGUCAUAACCUUGUGGAGGUUUGUUGUAAUGGUUUCCUCUGGGGAAACGAGUCGUAACAACGCGAAUGUAAAUGAUAUUUAGUUGUUCCGAAGGUCUUUUAUUGUGCCUGUGGUUACGUGGUUAUGUAUGGAGAAUCCCCCCCAAAAAAAUAGACUAAGUUUUAAGUCACUUUGCGAAAAUGAUAAAUAGCGAUAAAUGAGGUUAAAGACAGUAGGGCCUCGCUCCUCGAUCGAAAGGACGCAAUGAAUGACAACCGUUCACUGUAGCGUCUUUUUCGUGUAUUGAAAUCUACAACUCGGGGAAAAUUGUCGAGCUCGUUAAUUUCUUUCUCCAUUGUCACUGAUAAAUUGGUUGCAUUUAACAAGGGUCGAAUUUUUGGAUCGUUGAGCAUAUAUUUUAUGGUGCUUGGGUUCACACUUUUUGUUUUUCAGUUUGUUUUCAUUUCUCCUUGGUUUGCAUUUUUCAUUCACACGUAGAGUCUAAUUGCAUGCUCUCGUAUUGACGUGUCUAAAUGAGAUUUUAGUGACACCUUAAAUCCAGCUGGGCGCCAUAAAUUUUGUUACUUUUUAAGUGUCAUAACGCCAACAAAAAGCGACAUUGGAAGAAUAGCUCCAGUAAGCUCAUCAUUCUCAAAGUCUAAUCGAAUGUUCCUGAGGUCAACACUUCGCUGUGACCUCUAAAUUAUUUGCAACUACCUUUAACAAAAAUUUAAAACAUCACGUUCAUUUACAAUAUCGAUAGUAUUAACCCGCUUUGCUAAAUCUGCAAAAUCGGCAGCGAUUUGUGUUUUGUGGCAAAAUUGCUUAUCCACACCAAUCCUCCUCAAAAGUCAUUCUUCAGAUUUUUCCCCAACCGUGAGUUUUUGUCAACAAAACGUUUACAUUUCACAUGCAAUGUUCCGUGCGAAUGGAUUUAAUAAUGUACUUCGUUUUGCGAAACCCAAUAUCGUCAGCCUUUCAUCAUGGAACAUUUACUUCUAUACAUUUCCUUCUAGUAUUGACGGACAUCAUCUAUUAGUGAUUAUUUAUUCGAUUAAAUGACACUUGUUGUACAGCCUGCCGUGUAUUGUUCUGUGGUGAAAGAAAGAACGUGAUGAACUAUCAACAGAAGGCUCUCGAAAGAGAACGCUCGAAGAUAGAUACGAUCGAAGAAACGUUGUGGAAAAUCAAUAUAAUUUCAUUUUAGUUGCUUUUCUUUUCGGCGAAAUUGCGUCAUCUUUCAGCAUCCUAAUAAUAUUUCAUCAUACAAAAUAUUGGCAACUGUAGUCUGUGGUGUUGCGUGACCUUAAUGUAAAACAAUCGAAAAUCCUUACAGAAAGUCGCACUUCGUUGAUAGCCGAAUUAUAAGAAUAAAAAGCAUAGUUUUCCGGAAAAUUUAAAGAAAUUUUACUUUUACUCCACGCGUUGCUUGGUAUAAAUAUUUAGUUACCGUAAUGAUCCCUCACACUGGGACACAAUAACCCCAGGAUAAAAUCUGUCAAUUUAUUUUGAACUCGCUGGUGACAAGCGGCACGUACAAGGAGAGAGGUUGCAAUCGGAAGCAUUUCCAGUGCCUUUUGGGUGUUUAAUAGCAAAGAAAGUUCUAAAAUCAAGUAAAAAUUUGCUAAUCUGUCAACCUGGGUUUUGAAAAUCGAUUCAACCGACAUAAUUUCGUAACUUAGAAGUCACGUGGAUAAGUGUUUACACGGAACCAAAUCCAAGUUCAAGUUAUUUGCAUUAAACUAACAACCAUUCAAACUAUCCUUAUUACUUAUUUGAACGACGAGAAAAAGUAGCACUCGCUCAAACAGAAAAGGAAUCAAAGAAUGACUGUCAGUAAAUGACAGCAAGAAUGGUACUCUAAACGCGAGCUAUUUGCCAAAAAGUUCUUCUGAUGUAUCACGAGGCCUGUGGAUAGUGUUCUAUUUGAUGAGCGAUCUCUUUCUAUAAAGUGCUGAGGCAACUGGCUAGGGAAUAAAACACUCGGUUAUAUGAGAUAACUGUCAGCAUACCACGAGAAAAAAAGUAAAUACUUAGCUUAUUUGUUUCCCAAUUUACCGUAUUUAUUCGACUAAAAGCCGAGCGAUUUUUACACCAAUUUAAACUGAAGUGAAUUAAAAUUUGGGCUCUAGAGGGGGUCUCGGCUUAUAGCCGAAAGUUUUUGAAAAACAUUUUUCCAGCGCUUGGAAACUCUACUAAAUCGGGAUGUAUUUACUUAUAAGCCGAGCCGAAGUAAAGAAACACGAAACAUGAAAUAAACGAACACAAGAUUGUUUGAUAGACACAACGCAUGUGUAGGUACCGGUGAUGCCGCUUAACAUCACAGUUUUAAAUUGAUUUUUUUGGAUUACAUUAAUUCAUCUGAGUUAUGAUUCGCUGCUUUUUAAUUGAAUAGUCAGCAGCUUUUUUGUCCUUUGCGUAUUAAAUCACCAUAAAUCACCAUCUUCCAAGCCUCAUUUAUGACAACUAAUGUGAUUUUUUUCAGAAAAUGUUAGGUUUUCCCGUAGUUAACAAUUCAGUCUUGUAAUUAUGAAUGGAUCUCGGCUUAUAGCCGGGUGUUUUCGAUUUAGUUUUGGUUCUCGUUAUGCCGAGUCUACACGUACAAAGUUUGGGGUCUCGGCUUAUAGCCGAAUAAAUACGGUAUACGUCGUAGAUUUUAGUGUAACGGUCCUCGAAAGAAUUCUUUAAGACUGGAAGGAAUUUGGGUUUUCAGCGGGGUGUUUCCCAUGUCUGUUGACAAAGAAAGGGAAGGCAAUGAGUACACUGCAAUCCAAAAGACGCAGCAAACUGGAAGUAAAGCGAAUUUGUAACUGUUCCCAUAAUCUCAACGACAGAUGCAAAUUCUACUUCCCUAAGAAGCGAUUACACGGAAAGACUGUGUCUCCUAAUUCCAAGCACACUUAAUUAUACAGAAUGACUGAACCUCAAUAAGUGACCAAAAAAAUCGCCAGUGUUGAGAUAUGUACUCAGAACCCCAACAGAACGGACCUUAUUUUUAGUUGCUCAUAAGAAUGCUCGUUCCAUCGUCCUUGUUAAAAUUGCUUUUGAAAAAAUCUGUGUUCUAGGUGUUGUAGUAUCAUCUUUAGAAACUAAACCCUUUGAUGUGGCUUUUCAGUAACUCAGCUUUUUCAUAUUUGCAGAGACUUAAGAAACAACCGGCUGAAGAUCGUGCCUUCAAGCUUAUUCCUAAACACACCCAAUCUGAAAGAAGUGUAAGUUAUUACUGUUUCAUCUUGUACCAGCAGUUGUUCUGGCCUUCACGUUUAUGCAAAUGUUCAGUAUUUCCUCUAUAACUAGUGUGGCAUUUGGAAAGUUGAAGGCCUAUGUUUUUUGUUGAAAGUGAGUUACCUUUUUCAGAUACUUGAGUGGAAAUCCGCUGACUUGCGACUGUCAGCUUUACGGUCUCCACAAUGCUACUCGCCACCUCGCAAAAUUUACCGGGACUUGCUACAAGCCAGAUAGAUUACGUGACAAAGACAUCGCUUCGCUCAAGCUCUGGGACUUCUGUCGUAAGUAUGAAAGUGGUAUAAUAUAAUUCCCCUCUUGAAAAUGAUAGCGAGGGGAUAGGAAGCUUGCAUGUCGUGCCUAGUCUCCCUGUAGCCGUUAUCAGGCCUCGUCUCCAAGCACUCCACUGGUUGAGGGCUUUGCAUGCUGCCCAGCUACUAAGGUAUCCAAGCAACUGUUCGAUAAUCAAAACGGGCCUGGAUUCUGAUGCACGUCAAAUGGGACCUCAGCAAACUUUUAGUCUCUAUAUGAUUCUUUGAAGGCUUCAGUCCGGAAAAAGCGGUAGUAUUUAGGCGUGGGGCUCUAAAGAAAUUUUUUUCAGGAAAGUAUUUACACUUUUUAAGGUAGAGAUAGCGACCUCCUCUGAAUUAAUAAUUAUUCCUGUAUCAUCAAACACGGUCGUUAAUGUUUUUGUUGUUGUUGUUGUUUGCAGGAGGCUGUGCUUUGGUCAAAGUUGCGCAGAACUCCAACGAAGAUAAAGAGUACUCGAUGGAAAUUAGUGCAAAUUGUGAUACACACGUGCGGUUAUUCUGUCGAGGAAUGGCCACAGAUUCUCCUAAAGAAUACAUUACACUUAUAUCUGGGCAAAGCAAAAACUACGCUUAUGUUCACGACUACAAACAGCCGUCUGCUUCCAGAGACAAAUGCGUAAAGGCCAGUGGUAAGACAACGGUUACGUGGAUUCUUUUACAUUCCUAUCGCUUGAUUACAUUAAACAUUUGACACCUAAAUGCUUCGUAAGUCGUAGUAAGAAGGUGUAUGAAAACAAAGACACGUAAGGCAAGUUGUUUGACUAUUUUAGAGCUCAUUUCUACCUAAACUGUUUUUUUAGGUUUUUUAAGUUAUUUUUUCGUACUUUUAAAAAUCACCCGUGCUACAAUUUUCUUCUACAUAUGGCAACGCUGUUGUAGCCUAAAUACGGCAAAAUUGUAUUCUUUAAGGUAUACGUGAGGUUGGGAUAUUUUCGUAACAGAAUCAGUCACGAUAUUUGAUCAAAAUCACCGAAGGUAAGACUGAGAUACAGGCGUACGAUAGAAGGGGUUUUAUGAAUUCAUGGCCCCAUACUAGUUAGAGUCACAUUGUAAUAUUCGACUCGUACCUCCACAGGUGGCUCGAUGUACACUGAGGCAGGGUUAACCAACUUCUCCAAAGUUCUCGUGGAUCUGAACUCUAUGAGUAUUGUACCAGAUGACUUCUAUUACUCUACAACAAGCUCUGGAAAACGUAUCAAGUACGGAGAAGCGGGUGAUUGUUACUCCGCCAGCAAAGAAAGUUGCCGAAAAGGAAAAUUUCAAAUUGAUCUCACGGGGACUGGCUUCCGUCUGAAGGUGAGUUUUUGGUACGGUGACUCGCACCUCAUUCGACAUUCGCUUUGAGUUCUCAUUGGCUCGUUCAAAUAUUUUUACUUUGAUCUGACUGGCCGUUGAAAAUACUUUUAUUGUGAUUUUACUCUUGAUGACACUUAAAAGGAAAGUUGCUUACCUGCCUAAUCUUUCGAUUAAUUAAGUAUAAUAACCUACUAUUUCUGCAUUUCACGGUCAAACAUAGGAGGAGGUUUAUUGGGAGCCAUAUGGUACUCCUUCAGAUAUCGAGAACUCACUGGACAUUGAUGAGGAUCGCACGCAGGUUUCUGCAGAAUGCGGGGGGUAUUGCGGAGGUUGCAGAGCGCAUGGUGGGAAUCUGGCUGUGGAAUUGGACUAUUGUCCUCAAGAGGGAAUUAAGAGUAAGACAAUAUUCUUACUACACCUUCACAUAGCAGGAGAAUUAAUGUAAUGACGACCAUUGUUGGGAUAACUAAGAUCGUUUAUUACUUGCCUAUGUGUUGUUUUCUCUGCAGCUUGUUAUGAUCCAUUGGGAAUGGCGAAUGGUUCAAUUUCGAAUGGUCAAAUCACAGCAUCAAGCCAGAAAAUUGGCAAAGACAAGAGUUUCAAAGCAGAAUAUGGCCGAUUGAAUAAUAAGCCUUCUGGGGCCAUGGGUGGGGCUUGGUGUGCACAGUCAUCUGACAAGUUCCAAUACCUUCAGAUUGAUCUAAACAAAGAGAUGACAUUGUCGGGUGUGGCCACCCAAGGACAAAUUGACGCGCCUAACUGGGUAGUAAAAUAUUCCAUUCAGCACAGUACGGAUGGAACAAACUGGAAGGAUUACAAGGAGUUUGGACAUGACAGGGUGAGUGUUGAGAGACUUGAAAUGGUUGGGAGUAAGUUUGGAUGAAAAGGGAUCUGAAACCUGGUAGACAAUGAUGAGGAGAAGUUUAAGAAUCUUUAAGAUGUAAAGCCCAUGAGGUCAUUCAGUUUCGAUUAGAUAAUUCUACAACUUACCGGAUGGUACAUGGUUAUAGCUGUUAGAUUCAAGCAAAGAUGAUAUCUAUGAUUGCUGUUGCUUGAACAGAUUAUUGAGCGUGACGCAGCUAAAUCGAUUGUUACAAAUUUUUGAUAACUUGUCUGACCUCUACUGAAGAUAACACAAUAUAAAAACUAAAAUCAAAAACAAUAUCAAAAAUAACUUAAGAGCUCUCUCCAAAGCACUUUGGUCACGUAAGAUUCAUUAGUAUGCCUAUCAAGCUAUCAAGUAUAGUACCUGGGCAACUGUGCACCUAAUCUUCCGUGUUCUUGUAAUAGGGGAGGGGUAGGUGUGCAGUCUCUUAGAUACUGACAUUGAUCCUUCUUUUCAUGUAUAUUUUCAGGCAUUUGAUGGCAAUGUAGACCAGCAUAAUGUGGUUACAAACUGGUUUAAUCAGAGAUUUCGAGCACGCUAUGUAAGAAUUAAACCAGGAUUGUAUAGCAGUCCUACAAACACAAUCUGCUUACGAGCCGAAUUAUAUGGAUGUGUUACAGGUAAAACCAUUUGAAAGAAGGUCUGAUCAGUUCAAUAAUCAUUGACUGGGAUGAGCAGGGAUCAGGGCAAUUAAAAGGCUAUCCGUUUCGUCCUUUACGCAAAGAAUCCAAAAGCUAAGCUUGAUUAGCGUUCGUUCUCAACCGUGGUCUCCGUAAAGCCUCCAGUUUUUUAUUCCAGGUAUCCUUAGACAGGAUUUCAAUUCAGCUCUCUUCCUUUGGACCCACGUCGAAAAUGAACCGUUACUGCUUACAUAGGGUAAAUAGUGAAGACGGGAUGACAUGCAAGUGACUCAAACAGAAUAACGGAGCGUAAAUGGACAAUGCGUAAAGAGCUGUCGACUUGAAACGUACAUUGGAAUUAUUUUUUUAAUCAAAUGAUGUACUUUGUCUCGUCACAGAUAUCGUCUCUGUCAUCAUUCGAAGUAGCUCAACCAAAAACUGCUGGUCUCCACGUACGAUUUCCAAUCCUUGCGAAAUAUCAGACGGUUCUCUGUUCACUUUGCAGUCCUUCUGUCAGGGAGAGGGAGUGAUGAUGGCUUUUCGUCGCGAUGGAAGCCUUAUUCACAGCUGUAGUGGAAAGUGUGUGUUUAAGAAUGCAAAAGAUCAGCUUGCUUUGAGAGAUGGACUUUGUGAUACAUUUGCAAAACGAGAGAAUCCUGAUGGUACUAUUGCAAUCAGCCAUCAAGCCAGCGGAUUAUGUGUCAGAGUGGAUGCUGGAAAAAAUUUGAUUCUGUCUAAUUGUAGCUCUCCUUAUUUGUUUGAAACCACACAGUCUGGUACGUCGUCAAAUGAUCGUUUUUCAUAUGUAAUGUGUUUGAAAUAUCUAAGUAUAUUAUAGAUGUGGUUUCAGUUGAGGCUAAAACUUUUAUUUGGUUAAUCAAACUUCUGAGCUUUUGUCGAUCCUCGGCCGGCUUCCUUUUAGGAAGGGUGAAACGAAAAAAAAAACGAACUUUGAGGAAAAAAGAAAAAAAUUGCAUUUGUUUUAUAUAUCACACAGGACUCUCCCCAAUCUCACCAAAGUUCAAGAGGAAUAGUCCACAGUACCUUACUCUUAAUAAACCAGGCUGGAUCCACUGUCAAGUUAUUUCCGAUCCAAGAGCAAAGUUGUUUUGGACAAAAACUCUACCGUGGCCUAAUGGAGAGCACCUUCCUGAUCUGGAAUUUCUGCCAUUUUCUAACGGAUCGUUGUUUGUGAGGAAGGCCAAGAAAAGUUAUGAAGGGGACUUCUACUGCACAGCUGUCAAUUCUGGAGGGAUUAAGUUACAGGACAUAACAGUUAAAGUUGCUGGUAAGAAGAACAACCGUUUAACCCUUGAACCCCUAGGAGUGACUCGCACCUUAUUUCUCCCAACAGUAUCACACCUGAGUCACACACUAAGGUCAUGAGAAUAAAGGAAAUGGUCACCAACUAAAGAAGCUCUCGAUUUUUAAACAAGUUCUCCUUGUCAGUAAGUUAAAAUACGUGUAGGGAACAGUAUGGAGAAUAUGCAUACUGAUGUAAGGGUGUAAAGGGUUAACAGUCUUUUUUGUAAUUUUAUCGUUCGAUUAAUAGCCUUCUUGUAAACGACUUUCAUUGGUUAUUAUAAGAACGCACAACAGCUUUUUUCAUGGGAGUUGGUUAGACAGGGAAAAAUAUACUGUAAAAGUUGCAGUAUGAGUGCCUCACUCUCAGGCCUCACUCCCACAGAUCCUCGCCGCGCACUAACAUCAAUUUAUUUUGGAUUAAGGGAAUAGUCGGACGGGUAUAAUACGAAUAGGUCGCGCAACUCAAUUCGUCAGUUGUUUUGUAACAUUGUUGACUGUCGGACGUAAGUGAUGUUCGUCAGUUGUGAUUGGUCAGUUCCGAUCUGCAGCAGCCAGCUAACAGUUUUAGAACAACUUUCAGGCCAUCUUUCUCUGCACACUCUUCUAGGAACACUUUCCUGGAUUUUAACUUAGGAAAGAAGGAUGUUACCUGCUUACAUUUGUUAAUUUCUAUCCAUGAAAAUUGCGUCUUAUCUCGACUGCGCAACUCACCUAAAACGUGUUCAGGUCUGCAGAUGCAUUUGCAACAAAACUAGUUUUGUUUUUUAUCAAGUUCUCGACGAAGGACAGCAUAGCUGUCUGAAAUUUUCCCUUUAAAGACGUUAUGGUUUAUACUUAGCGCGGAAAAUCAUGAAGAACAAAGAAGGGACAUCAUUUUUACUAUCAUGUGAUCUUUAUUACCUUGCAGAGCUUCCUAAUUUCGUGAAACGUCCUAGCGACUUGACAACGUCGGUAAACAAUUCAGUCAUGUUUGAUUGCAAAGCAACCAGUGACCUUGGAGUAAAGUAUUCCUGGUUUCAACUCGUAAAAGGAUCUUCUACUUCGACUUCUGUACUUAAGUUGGAUAAUAGGUUCAACAUUUUUCCCAACGGGUCUUUGAAUAUACGCAGUGUUCAGAAAAAAGAUGAAGCAUUUUAUCACUGCCGAGCAGAAAACCCCAUAGGAUUCAACAACGUCACAGCUUUUCUGCGGGUGCUGGGUAAGUUCUAAAGAUGUAAAGGGUUAUAUCAGGAUGUGCUCUGUGUUUUGGGACUUAAAGGGACUGAACUACUUUGAACUGUCAUGCAACCGUGACAGUACAUUUACUUUAAAUCUAAAAAUUACAGCUGCAGAAUUCAAACCACCUUCAAAAAAACUUUGCCUUUCGGUAAUUUAGUUGGUCUUUAAUUCCCCAAGUUUCCCAGUAAUUUUUUUCCCCAAACCAAGGUAAUCACAUCGACGAAAUAAAACGAGGGAAAAAUCAGGGGAAGUUGAUAAAAUUCUAUGGUAAACUUAUUAAAACUACCACAAUGUCAAGAAAACGUGAGUAACCUUGUCUUGGUUGGUUUGCGUUUUGUAUUUCAGUAGUUAAGAGGAUGGCGCGAUUUCCCUGAGUGAUUGCCUGAGUGAAAGGAAACGAAUCCAGUGCAAUUCCGGAUCACUCUGAAUGUUCAUUUGAAAAAUGUCCUGCUUAAAGCUAUCCACUUUUCAAAUUAUUCAUACCACUUAUAUUAAACUUUAAAAUAAAUAAAUAUUAAACUGAUAUUAAACUUACAUCUUUCAUGUAGUUCCCCCUAUAUUCACAAUCCAGCCUCUUGGCUCAGCGGAACCAUCAGGGAGCUCUCCUGUGUACAACUGCCAAGCCGUUGGGGACCCUGUGCCAACCAUCAGGUGGACCAAAGUUGGUUCCGCGCAAACGCCAACAGAGCAGUUAAAAAAUGGCAGCCUAUUACUCAGAAACAUCCAAAAGUCUGAUGAAGGUCAAUACACCUGCUCAGCAACCAACAUUGUGAAGACGGCCGCAGCUAAAAUUACAAUAAGUGUCUACAGUAAGUUCAUUUGUUAUAACUGAGGCAAUCAAUCAACCAGUCAGUCAGUCAGUCAGUCAGAUAGUCACCCAGUUACUCAAUCAAUCAGUCAGAUAGUCGAUCGGUCGGUCGGUCGGUCGGUCGGUCAACACUGGUGAUCUGUCUUAAUAUGCAUGCAUGAGAACGUUUGCCUUGUCUUACGGUGAAUUUAUAAGUUCUUCAUAUUUGCAUUUCAGCUGCCUGUAGAAUUGAUUCUCAACCCAAUGCAUUUCACCGACCAGAUCGCAAGUUCUUUGCUGUUGGAGAAAAGGUCAUCGUGGAUUGUAAGCCAGGUUUUGAGAAAAAACAAGAUGGAAAUCUUUCUUGCAAGGCAGAUGGGAAUUGGAACAAACGCUUUCCCCAAUGUAACGGUAUGAAACAGGGUCAAUCAAUUUUAUGCGAAUAGGAGACAGGGGAUAUGUUACAAUUGGGAAAAAUUAAGUGGUAUUCCCAUGGAGUGUAUUCAGGUUUUCGGGCUAACAGUUGUACGCCAUAUAUUUCCCUAGCCACCCUAAGCCUGACUUAAUUCAAUGUAGUACGUUCAGUUCUUAACAAAGGCAACCAAAAUGCUCUCAGUCGCUCCUCACUCAUUGCCGGCCCUUGGUCAGUUUAUUACAGCCACAUCUAGAUUAAAAAUGCUUCUGCGCAAAUUCCUGUCACUUAAGUUUAAAUGCUUCAGAAAAGUUUACAACAUAUUAAAAGGUAAAUGGCUGUGUAGAGGCUAACAAGAUAAAACUUUUAAUCACGUUUCAAAUGUUUAUUUCCGGCCAGAUCUCGACGAAUGUGCGAUCCUUUCAUUACCGUCAAGUACCCAGAAUAGCACCAAGCUUCGAAGUUGUCAUGACAAAGCCCGCUGUGUGAACACUUUGGGCUCAUACAGGUGUGAAUGCACGAGGGGAUAUGCUGGUGAUGGAUUUUCUUGCACUGGUAGGUAGAUACAAGAGAAUAUCAACGGUAUUCUCUUCGUAGAUUGUAGGACGAAAGAGGGGUUUAGGAUUUCGUCACCUUGCACUUCUUAGCAAGGGCCUCAGAUUGUGAUACGAGGAAGACAGCCUGCACUAAUAAAUAGGAAUCGUAUCAUUUAGGAAAAUAUCUCCUGAGAAGCAUCUCGAGCCUUAAAUUACUUUUACCUGGGAGACAAGUAAGGGGAUAAAUAAGCGCAACUCCAAACCAAGAAUGGCGUUACGCGUUUUCCAAAAGCUUCCCGAAAAUGACGGAGGCCAUUAUGCUCUUACACUCCUUCUCCCCUUCCCAUCUGUUAAUGCUGCUGUUUACAUAUCUACAUUCAGUUCUUUUUAUUUUUCUAUGUCUUUUUGGUUAUCUCUCACUGUCCUGCUCUGAUUAGCCCUAGGCCACAAGCGCACUACUUUCCAAAACCCCUCUUUCUCUAAAUAAGACGCUUUGUUUAUACCUAUAUGGACAACUUGUUCUUUUGCAUCUCUCACACGCCAUUUUGCUGACAUGUGCAUGGAUUUCUUUAAACGGCAGACGGAAAAGCCAUCCUUUCGUCCAUAAGGCAUUCACCAAUAACUAUUUACACGAUUCUCCCUGGUGUUGUUUCAGCUGUUUGUUUACCGCCAUCGGACGACGAUAACGGAGAAUGGAUGCCUAAUAAACCGACUUAUCGUAUUGCUGAGACAGUUUGGCUCGACUGUGACUUGGGAUAUAAACUGGCGGAUUCAGAUGUGUCGAGUGUAACUUGUGGCAAAGACACAGAAUGGAGUACUCCUAAUCCGUCUUGUCAAGGUGAAGAAACACAUAUCUUGAAUCGCAGAUAAUUGAAAUGUCGCUGAAAAUAUCCGCUCGAGUCAAUCAAACAGAAAUAUUUUCAUCUUCACAAUAACAUACAAUAAUAUGGCAAGCUAGUCCUUCGUAUUUUGCCACACGGACUGUUUCCACGGAAACAGUCAUAAGCCGUGUAUUUUUGGUCGCGAAAGCCGGAAAAUUCAAAAUGAAAAGGUUUUAGUCCGAGUGCUAUACAAUAAACUAUUUACUAAGCUCACUUACUUAAGCCGACAGAUAAGUUUCACAGAGUAAAUGGAGUUACUGUUUUGUACUCGGGAAAAUUCACCAAUUUGGAUGCUUUGUGGGAAAGAAUCACAAAUGACAACUUCAUUUUAUCUUAUUUCAUUAACAUCGACUUCCCUUAUGAACUGUUAAGAUGAAGUCACACUAUGUCAACUUUUGACUAGCAAUAUCUUGUUUAUUAGACAAAAAUGAAUGCGAAGAGGGCUCUCCUUGCCACAAGAAUGCUGACUGCGUCAAUACUGUUGGCUCAUUCACGUGCAGAUGCAAGGAAAGAUUCGAAGGAGACGGCGUAACGGAAUGUAAAGGUAUAAAUUAAAACAGUUACAUACAGUUCUUUGUGAAAUAUGUCUCAAAUCUGAUCACUGGCUAUUUACUCAGCUACAAGCUUUAACAAUACUUAUAAAAUAUGUAAAUAGCACCCAUGAAACAAAAAAUUAGGUAAUUUGUUUAGUUAUUGAUGAAUUUGUCGAUCUAUAUAAUUUGCAGAGCAGAAAACACGACUUGUUACUGGAUCAGAUGGGAAAGUGUGGAAGUACUCAGCCAAGAUGACUGAUCUGAACGAAAAAGUAAGAAUUCUUUUUUCGAUAAAAGUUCACUGAAAUGUUUAUAUCUCCCACCAGAAUAUUUACAAUGAGACGUUAAACUCAAGAAGCCCGUCGACUUAUAUAUUCUUGGUGCAGCCGAUUUUCUGAAUUUCUUGGAAUUUUAUUUUUGUAAUUGAAUCCUUCCUUUCUCUUGAACAGCUUAAACAAUUUAACGAUGAAAAUAUCAGUGCCGAGGAUCUACUGGCUACUGUACUAAAUUCCUCCGCCCCAAGCUCCGGACAACCGAUGGCGGGUGACCUGGUCAUGAUUGUCAUGGGGAUAGACACCGCUCUGUCAAAUCUGAAUUCCACACAACGAAUGGCUUCUGCCAAGGUGAACUAUAUAGGGCUGUUACUGUGUCGUUGUGGAAACUAUCUUACCAUCAGAUUUUUGUGGUAAAGGAUAGACGGCCCCAGCUUGUCCGAAAGAAGGCCUUUGUACGGCCUUUGUUAGGCCUAAAUCAUUGAUACUUAAUUGUAUUCGUAUGCAGUAAGGAAAAUUAUACGUUUUUCUUCCUCUAACACUAUGGCUGCUUAUUCGUCAUGUUUCCUAAUUUACAGCUUGAUAUGUUAGGCCUGUAUGUGAUAUGUGUCGCCGGUACCUUGAUUAUAAUGUUGUUGUUAUCACCAUUUUUCUAGCAAGUCAUUCAAAUUUCUAGUCACAUCUUGGAUAAGAAAAAUAAAGAGCAAUGGAGUGAAGUGCAAAAGGUACGUAGACUAACUGAAUAAAAAUUAGUUCCGAGAUCUUAACAGAGCUGCAGUAACUUCCUAUUUCUGCACUGAGAAAGCUUUUUUCCACUCUAAUAGAGAGACAAAACAAAAUCCUGUCGAAAAAGUAGUGUACUAAAGACAAGGAACAUGGGUUACCUUAGAUGUUGGAAACUUUUUUCUAAACGAGGCUAGGUGAUUUUUAAGAUAAAGGAUCGCUUUUAACGCACAUGAAUCAAGUGAAGGUCUCAGUAGAUAAUGAUAUUCACACGCUCUGCUUGUUUACAUGACCUAGCUCCUCAAAAUAGCAAACAAAUUCUUUAUUGUUACAGGACUCAAAGGGCGUAACUGAGGUAAUGGCGUUACUAGACAAGUUUUCUAUGAAGCUCGCCUCAGAUCUGGAGGAACAGAGCUCUGAGAAUACCAGUGUUGAUAUUAAAACGAAUAAUAUUGGUGAGCAUGGCAAUAAAACGGUUGGGUGAAACAUUUUUAGUCCUUUAAAAUAUCUUCAGUUGAUUGUGGUUGCGCUCAGUUACGAGCGGAAACAGAGUACAGAGAAGUGGUGAACAGAAUAUGACAUUUUCUUUAAACUUCAAUUCAGUAUGUAAGAAAAACGGGACUUUUUCAUCUUCUUGUUUGUCCUUUUGAUUUAUAGAGGAACAAUUACGUGAUCAAGGCUGGGUUUUAAAUUUCACUUAAACGACGACGGGUUUUACGAUAGGUUUGAGGACUUUGAAAUACUGGAACAAAAGCUUUAAUUUUUCAAAGUUUUACUUUUGUUUUCCUCUUGUGGUUGUAGGAAUGAAAGUGAUGGUUAAAGAUGCGAACAAAUUUUCGACUGAUGUAGAGUAUCCUCAAAGCUCGAAACAAAGCAACGAUGGCUCAGCGCAGAUUCGUUUGCCCCAAGAAUUGUUUGCCAAGUACAAAGGUUACGCAUCCUUAACAAGUACUUUUAAAUUGUAAACAACUCGUCAUGUUUGUUGAACUGUAAAGAUCAGUGUCAUGUUAUCUUAUAUUUUUUUUUCCAUACUAUUUUUUGUUUCAGGUGACUUGCCCGUUAAAGUGACGAGUUUUUUAUUCGAAGAUUUGGGUGAACUCCUGCCAAAGAGAGGAGAGGGAAUAAAGAGGUAAGCCUGUAAACUUUUCAUUCUAUCCCUAACCCUAACCUCAACCUUUACUGGAGAAUUAAAUGGGACCAUCAUUUUCUCUUGUUGUUUAGCAAUAUGAAUCCGUUAUAUUACUGCUUUGCAGAUUUGAUGUGAGUUCGCCGAUAGUGUCCAGCUCCUUAUCUCCUGUUCCUUCCGAGGGGAAACUGGACCCGCCUGUCACCAUUACAAUAAGGAAUAAAAAGGUAGUCUUUCUACUUCUUCAACGAUUGUAGCCGAAGUCAACUUAACGAAAACCGGUCUUUCAUACGGCCACCUUCCUGCCGAAGCUAUUUUCAGCGGAACAAAUAUGAGGAAACCACAUUUUUUCCACAAACAAUCUUAAUUUGUGUCGGAAAUUUUAAUUUGGCAGAAGCGCUGUUCACCUAGUUUUGUUUCAUGUAAUUCUAGUUCCAAGCUCGAGCGGAUCAUUUCUCACCGCAUAUCACAUUAUUCUGUAUUUUAUUUUAUUACACUCGCUAAUUGUUUGCUACCAUUGGAAAAAAAUCUCUAGAAAGACCUUGAUUAUUAACUACUAAGUUGCUAUUACUAUUAUUAAUUUACUAUUUUCUAGCCAUCAGAUGUGGAAGCAGUAGAUAAAUGCGUCUACUGGGACUUUGAAAAGUAAGUUGCCUCCAAAUAAUAUAAAAUAACACAUAGUAGCCUGUAGCUGUCACCAAUUUGAAUCUUAAACAUGAAACCCUCGUACUCAUUGCAAACUGAGAUGGGUGGGGUGAACUUUCUGUCGAAUGCCUUGUAUCUUCGAGGCGAAGAUCUUCAGCAUUGAAGCAGAGUAUAAAGGAAACAACGAGCGUGAUUUAAUGAUUUGAUAUAUUCCCUUAGAUCCAAGGAACUCGGAGGAAGCUGGUCAUCUGAUGGCUGUCAAAUAUUGUCCAGCGGUAGUAACGGCACAGUAUGCGCAUGUGAUCACCUGACCAGCUUUGCCUUGCUGUCUGUCUAUGACAAGGUAAGCGUCAAUCGCAUUCACUUAACGGGUUACGAGUAGCAGGAGGGUGGGGAGGGGGUAGAGAGUUUGGUCUAGAGCCACCCAAAGUUCGCUACUCAGUAGAGUAGACAGAGUAAGCCAUGUCUGAGCUUGUCACUUCUUGACAAUAUUUCACAAAGCUUAUUUUUUCAUCUAAAAAAACUGUUACUGAUAGUACUUACUUUUUCUCUGUAAUUGUAAAACGUUGCUUUCGGGUGUGCCGUAAUGAUUCAAUUCAGCACCCGGGGCGCUUAUUUACUUUUGGUAACUCAAGGGAGGACCCUUGUUCGAGACAGGGCGCUCAUUAGGGACUGGGAGGUUUUCUUUUUUUAACAAAACAGCUUAAUGUUUUUGUUAAUGAAACAAAGCUUUAACGUUUAUUUGAAAAUAAUCAAGGAAACGGGAAUGAGGAUUUAGAUCACUCCUGCAAGAAAAAAGCCAAGAAAUCGUCACAAAAUUUUAAGACAAAUCAUUUGUUUGAAAGAGCUGUGCACUCACAUGGAAAAAAUAGUUUAAGAGACUGAGACGAAGACCUCCGUCUUUGUUUUGCGGCUUUACGUGAGAAAUUAAAGGAAGACGAUCCACGGUUAAUCUCAGUGUCUAUGUCUUCUAACAGUGCUAUAAAUAAAUAAAACAUGGUGAGAGUUUGCAUGAUUUAAACACAUUCUUUCAAUUUUUUCUUCUUUCGGUUCUUUCUAGGAACUAGUUUUUGGCCUAAAAAUAUACAUCGGCUGUGGAGUGCUGCUGUUAGCUGUAGUUCUGGCACUGAUACGACACCUUUACCUGUACUGGUCAGUACUCAAACGUAAAUUUUACUGAAAUGUGUACAUAUAUUACUUGUCUGCUCUCACUUCCUCAUUCAAUUCUCUGUGGGAUCAACCUCCCUGUCUGUUUUUCCUCAUUUUCAGCAAGCGUCAUUACGAACGGUCCAUUAUACACAUUAACCUUUGUUUGGCCAUAGCCGCUGGCAUAGCCCUUUUCCUUGGUGGGCUCAGACUGACGAAAAUUCCGGUGAGUAUAAGGAAAGUCAUAUUGUAUAACUUUUGUGGUAACAAGGUGGCCUGGUAGCUGGUAUGCUGAUCUCCUUAUGUAGGAGUCCGGGAACGAACCUUAACCUCGCUGUGUCCUUUUCUUGGACAAGACAGACACUUCUCUCUUACGAUUCUUCUCUCCUCCUAGGAAUACAUAUUGUUACCUGCGAGCUGUUCGGAAAACCAGAAAAAUUUGCAUCCCGUUAUUUUGCAGUCAUGUGCUUCCCUGCAUGUUUGAUUCCUUUAACGAGAUCAUAGCAGCUCAAAUUUUAUAUGCAGCGAAAUAAAACUGUUACUUCAAUGACUAUUAUGACCAAUCCCUCGACCUGCUACUCAACUGAUCCUGAUCUUGUUUUCUUUCUUUCCAGGCGGUCUGUACCAUUGUAGCAGCUUUACUUCAGUUUUUCUUCAUCGCCAUGUUCUGUUGGGCAGUUUGUGAAGGACUUCAACUAUUCAUGACUCUUGCUACAGGAAAAAAUAAGAACUCGACCAGACUAAAGUUCUUCUUUAUCAUUGGUUGGAGUGAGUUGAAACUGAAUUUUCUUCCAUUUACAUAUUUUAACAAUGGUGACAAAAUAGAAUUUAGUUAUUGAUUUAGUUCUUAUAAUUUAUUUAUUAUCAUUUAGUUGUUAAUUAAAAUGUUACGCCAAAACUGAGGUCUGCUGGGGGAGGUGCUAAGGUAUAUUGUUUGUAAAAUUAGUGUUUAGAACGUUCUUACCCCUCCACUGUUACUAUAUAAGGUUUCUAUCCACAACCGAGCAAACUUCGUGAGCCGCGCCAAGGGUACACAGCCGUUAAUUUAAAAAUGUCGAAAAACUCUACCUCUGUAAUUAUUUCUACGAAUGCCUUUAUUCUUGCACAUUUCCCUGUUUCGUCAUCCAGUAUUUGUGUUUUAACCCUUUAAUCUACUCCACAGUUUUUCCACUGAUUGCUGUUGGAGUCUCUCUCGGCGUCACCCAGUUACAAGGUUAUGGUAACGAUGAAUGGUUAGUUUUUUCAUGUCAGUUUUAGUCCUGUCAGGUCUGUACUGAGCCUCGGUAAAUAACAAAAUUGAAACCUAUUUCAGUUACUUCCUUCAUUUUAAGUUACCAAAUUCUCUGCUUUUACUUAAAAUUUCGACUCUUUUUCAUGUUUUGUCUCUUGUGUUAGGUUUGCGUCUAUUUGUUUGUUUGGUUUUGAAGCGGAAUGACAAAACACAGGACCGUUAAUUUAAACAAAGUUGAGCCGUUGUUUAACAAACCCGCGUCCUAAACAAUCCUAUAUUUAGCUGGACCUUUUAUCUGUUAACAGUGUCAAGAGGGCCGAGAGCUAACAGUGGAAGGACAUUUAUUUAAUCAAAUCAACCCUCUUGUAAAGAAAGCCUGAGACCCACGAAUUAUGUAAAACCAUAAUUUGAAUUAAUCCUCAAGUAGAUAACCGGCCCACAGGGUAUAUCUAGCAAAAGGGAAGUUUCGCAGUUUUUUACUACAUUUUUUCUGCCAUUUCUUCCACUGACUAUUAUCUCCGCCCAUCGCGCGCCCAAGAGCCACAGACUGUCCAGGCUGAAACUAACAAAAGAUCUCCUUUCGGAUAGGUGUUGGCUAGAUUACUCACACGUGUUAAUGUGGUCAUACGUUUGUCCAGCCGCUGGAUUUACUUUGGUAAGCCACUCACGAGAUCGUUGCACUCAUCGUGGAAUUUGUUUUGUCAUAUUGGAAGGGGAUCUCGCACAGCGUAGAAGGGAAGAAACACAACUCCAUUAUAACCCUUUAAGGGUGACUAGCAUCUAAUUCCUCUUUACAGUAUCACGACUGAAUCAAACAUUAAGGUCUUGAGAAGCUUCUAAAGGAAAUGAUCGUCGAUUGAAGAAGCUAUUGAUUGUGUAACAAAUUCUCCUCGUUAAUUCCAUUGGAAAUAUAAAGAGAUCAGUAUGGAGAAUACGAAUACUGUUGUUGGAGUGUAAAAGGUUUAGACCGUGUAGUGUCAUUUUAAGACGUUUUUUUUUUUUUGACAUCGAAUAGCUAUACCUACAUCGUAUCCUUUAAGAAAAUUAAGUAAAAAAGAUCCAAAUUCUUCGGUAUUUAUUUUAUGAUAUAAUCCUGCUAAAAUCAGGUUUACAAUGAUCCAUUUCAGGUUACUCUCGUGUUAGUAGUGAUGAUUCUCUGUUAUAAGGGACGAGUUGUCGAUUCUAAAGACAGAAGGAAAGUCUGGUUAGUUUAACAUUAAGCUGUUGGUUAUUUUUAUGAUAUUAGAAGCAUCAAUCGAACGACGACUUUCUUACUUCCUUCAGAUUUCUUCGUUCGUAAGCUUUUUCAACCGAUCAGAGUGCCUCGUAACUAACUCACAAAUGCAAGUAAAACUUUGUUAGUUCUCCAAACAUUUCAUUUCAUCGAAUGAUCAACACUGAUUUUACUUGUGGGGGUUUAUUGGAAUAAGAUAGCCAGCUCACAAAUUUUCUUUGAUUCGAAAACUAUCUCCAUCUCAAGCAAGGGUACUAGUAACGUUUACGACCUCUUGAAGUUUCUAAAAAUGUAGAUCCAUAUCGGUUUUUCAUCCAAGCUUUUGCACCAAGAGUCCGAAAAGUUAUCAACUGAUCGUCAAAAGUUCAAUGCUGUCUUUCUAUAUUAACUACUCGGAUGUUUUUAACUAACGGUGUUUUCCUCUCCGUAGUUUGUCAGUCUUGUUCCUAAUUUUCCUCAUGAUUGCUAUCGCGGGAACCUGGGUUGUAGCCGCCAUUUAUGUCAGACAUCACGAGAAGAGCUUGUGGCAGUACUUGUUCGCGGGCGCAUGUAUACUGCAGGUAAAGACUCAUGAUUGCGCUUUUAUGGUCGGUCAGAAUAAACUGCGAAAGUUAAAUUGUGCAAAGUCAGAUUCUUUAUUAACACCUUUUAUUUUGUUUUAGGGAAGUUUACUCCUUGUUUACUGUUUCCUGGAUCAGACCGUAAGUUGAUUUUUUCUUGUAUUCCUUAGAGACCAGUCAUUAUUCAUCGCGGGGGGGGGGGCAUGGGGCUAGGGGUUUGGUGGGGGAUCACACGAUUUUCAGGGGGGAACGGAGAGGGGAUCUGUCGUCGCCUACAUAGGUUAAAAGGGGAGACUGAAGAACAUUGACCGCCAGCUAGGGAGGGGGGGGGGUGACAUUAGAAUACUAAAGAACCUUAUGGGGGGAUCAGGUUAAUUUUAUUGUGACACAAAAAAAUCCUCCGACCUCCCCUGGUCCUUUAAAGCCUUAUAGGGCCCUGGUUUGACUUUUGGGACCUAAAAUAGCUCUCGUUAUGUCGUUUUUUUUGUGCAUUUAGGUCAAGAACUUUACGUUCCACUAUCAGAUUAAAAGAAUGCAGAGCAAGGAAAAACGGAAUUAUUACAGUACCACAGACACAGUUCAGGUUUGAUGCAUUUGAUCGCUUGAUUUAUGUGUCUGGUUUUGAUAGAUAUAUCGGGCUGCCUUGGCCAGAAGUGUUGUAUCUCCGCUUGUCGGCUACGAUUGAAUAGGCGCAGCAAUAGAGUGCAGUUACAGGGUUUUCUUGUGAUCAGGUUGUAUCCCAACCAAGGGGAUGACACCAUACCAUACUCCUGGUUCGUUUCUUAAAUGUACAUUGUAAAUUUUCUGUAGCUUGUUAUAGAAUCACUCGGCUGCGUCUCCUGGGUUCACAACAUUUUGACCACUGUAAUGACGAAUAUCGUUGUCAAGAGGAGUAAAGACCACGUCAAACCAAGAUUUUUAAAUUUUCUGGUUUGUUUUUCCAGUAUUACGGUGCGAAUGCAGUGGAUGGUAAAUACAAAGUGACCAGGCCUUCUAUCAAAGAGUCCAACACGGAUCUUCGAGGCUCGUCCAAGAGACUUUCCCGUAUUGGCUCCACCACAUCCGGGGUCUUUUACGAUAAAGAAGAAUACCCACCCCCAAUUAUGGACACCCCCGCCCCAAUGGACUCCGCGAUUAAAAGGUAGGAACAGAACAAGUGAUUUGUGAUUUGUGAUUUAAAAAUUACGGCGAAAGUCUUAUUUGAAGGUUUGCCAUGAACGUACAGUUACUUUCUUGUGUUCAGCGUUAUUCUCAGCAGCUCAGAACUUGAGCCAAGUAAAAUGCAGACGUGCUCUAGCAAAAACUAUAUUCUGAAUUGCGCAUACGUUAUGGCGGUCAUGCUUUUCCAAAGGAUUUUACCUAUCAUCUACCAAAAACACGAUGUGUAACUCAUACGAAGUGAGCAUAACAACCUUGCCACUGUUAAUUUAAAGUUUCGGUGAUACCUAGCAUUUGUCAGCAAGUUGUUUUUUUUUUUUUAGGAAAAUCGAAGGUCUACCGAUUCCAGACUCUCCUGGAGGUGAUGUAAUUCAACUACAAUCGUUUCCGAACCGAAAAGGAAGCUCAUCGUAUUAUUCAUUGGUCGCUUCUGAAUCUACCAGCGAUCGCGAUCGGCGUCCGGACGGAGCCGAGGAACCGGAAAUGGCUAUGGGAGAACGAAGAUAUUCCAAGACGAGCAUGCGUAAGAGUGCCGACAAUUUGUUGUCGAGUCACUCUAGGCUACAACAGAUCCCUGAGAGACAGCCCCUUAUGCAUUCUGGGUACCAUCAACCAGAAUCACCGGAAUCACCACCACCGUACAAGAUUGGAGAGCGUCAGAGACCUUUCGACAACAAGGUAGUUGUAUGCAGUUAGAAAAUAGAGUAUUUGACGUGAUACCACUGCUGAUAUACUUUAUCCAUUCAACCAAAAUUACGAUUCGCCGCGAGAGGGAAAGCCAUGCUUUACCAACAAGUGGUAAAAUAGGGAAAGAUGUUUUCGUCUUGUCACGAGCGUGGGACGACGAAAAAAUUCUGAGUUCCAUGACAAGACGAAAAACAUCUUUCUGUAUUUCUUUACAGAGCCCAAAACUUGUCAUCUUUCUUAUUCUAUUUAAAAAAUGUUAAAAUACUUAAUUGUGCCGCCGUGAAGUUUGAGUUUGUCGAUUUUAUCCGUAAAUAAACCUCUAUACACGAAUGAUUCCUUGACUACGGCUUAUUCGGGACUUUCCCAAGACCUUCGUCUUACACAAGCCAUGGCUUAUGUAAGAUACACUGCAUGCUACAUACAUUAAAUUUGGGUAUUGAUUCCCAUACCAGGCCCUGAUAUUCAGUUACAAUACCUUUCUAUCUUUGUACAAUCUUUCAAAUCUUAUUUGUUACAGAGAAAGUCUCCAUUCGAAGAAGAUCACUUCUACGGUUCAAGGGACACAGCCCUGGACUCCUCGCGACGUAAGUCACGUCGUUCCCGCCGAAGACUCGAAGAAGAAUUCGGAAAGUCCGACCGAGAGUCGAUUUCACAGCGUAAGAAGAGUUUGCGAUACUCUUCUGGUUUCUUCAGUGGUGUGACAGUUGAGCAAGAUUCACAAAAAGUGGAAAAGCCACAUGCAAGCCUUUGA